CGAAAGCUACGUGCUUUUAUAAAGACAGAACCGAAUAGCUUCAGUCUCCUCUGGCAGAAUGACAUUAUCGUGCAGGUGGACAUGCACACAGCAAAGAGACACCUAAAAGGAUAUAUUCUGCAGCUCUUAUGCGCAUCAGUUGUGUGUGAGACUUUGUGGUUUGCAUUAUUUUAGAUCUGACUGUAGCGCUGUAGCGCUUGCUUGAUUCCUUCGUUUGUGUGUGAAAAAAUAAAAAAACAGAAGGGCGAACAUGAAAGCCUGGGCUUGGCAUCGCUAGCGGUUGCCUGACAAAUUAAUAAUAAUAAUACAAAAUCUUUCUGCAUUUUUUUUUUUUUUUUUUUUUUUUAGAAUUACUUAGUAGCAGAAUGCAGAGACAGGGUUUUUAAUCCAGUAGCAUUACGCCGUUUCCGGUUCCUAGCUGGUGUUUCCCCAUUACAAAGUAUUGGAAAAACAGCAGAUCCAAAUGGCAUGGACAUUUACGCAAGGUCUGCUGCUCUGCCGUUCUGCUGGGGUCUAUUUGCAGUCUCCUAUUUCAACUCAACUCCAUCAUCAUCAACCAGCAGCAUCGAAAGCACUGCAGCAGCAAGAGCGACUACCGAGCCCAAGCAGACGGCAUGAGGCUUGAUCCAGUCCAUUUCUCUAUGCUGGUCAUCGGGGUAUCCUUCGCCUGCUACUCCCCGAGUUUAAAUUCUCUGCAGGACCAGGCUUACAGAUCGGCGGUAGUCAUUGAAGGAAAGGUCCAGUCUCUACCCACUAAUGUUACCAAGGAGCCCUACAGUGUGAAUGUCAUAGUGCUGGACGUGUGGCCCCUUAACAGCGGGGGGCUUCAAAGGGACCAGCUUGUGACCAUCGGGGAUUUUGGUUCGGAGCCUCCGUGCAUCAAAGUGAAAAAUAACCACAAAUACGUGUUUUUCAUGGACCUAACUGACAAGCCCUUGGUAUUCAAGGCAUCGUUCGCUCCUCUGGACACCAGCGGGAAGAAUCUAAAAAAAGAUGUUGGGAGGAUCUUGUGCGAAGACUGCGCCUCUCCCCCAAAGAUAAAGAAGAUCAAGAACCAGGUCCUUCAGGAGGGAGAAAAACUCACCCUGAAAUGUGAGGCCACGGGUAAUCCCACCCUCACCUACAAAUGGUACCGGGAUGGAACAGAGUUGAAAAAGAGCCCAGAGAUCAAAAUCAAGUCUGGGAGGAAAAAUUCUCGGCUCCAGAUCAGCAGUGUGAAGUUAGCCGACGGAGGGGAUUAUACCUGCGAAGUGGAGAACAUUUUAGGCAAAGAAACUAUGAAGACUACUAUCAGCAUCCAGAGCAUCACAACAACCUUGUCACCUGGGUCAGGCCAUGCAAGAAGGUGCAAUGAAACAGAAAAGAAUUUCUGUGUGAACGGCGGCGUGUGCUACUACAUAGAUGGUAUAAACCAACUCUCAUGCAAGUGUCCCAAUGAAUUUACAGGUGAACGCUGUCAAACCUACGUAAUGGCCAGUUUCUACAAGCAUCUUGGAUUAGAAUUUAUAGAAGCAGAGGAGCUCUAUCAGAAGAGGGUCCUGACAAUUACCGGGAUCUGUGUCGCGCUGCUUGUAGUUGGAAUUGUGUGUGUGGUGGCCUACUGCAAAACAAAGAAACAAAGAAAGAAGAUGCAUAACCAUCUGAGGCAUAACAUGUGUGCCGAUCAUCAGAACAGAAACCUUGCGAACGGACCCAACCACCCUGGCCCGGGGCCCGAGGAGAUCCCCAUGGUCGAUUACAUUUCGAAAAGCGUUCCAGCUACUGAACAUGUGAUACGGCACGACGCGGACACUUCAUUUUCUGGCAGCCACCCUUCAUCUGUGUCUCAUCAUUCUUCGACAGUGACCCACACAUCCAGUCACAGACAUGAAGACCGCACGUGGAGCUUGGACCGGACUGAGAGCGUUAUUUCAGACUCCCAUUCUGGCAUGAUGUCAUCAUCGGUGGGGACCAGUAAAUGCAACAGCCCUGCCUGUAUCGAGGCUCGAACCAGGCGCGCGGCUCACUGCGGCAUCAACGAACCACCGCGGCCCAUGGUGCAGUACAGAGACUCCAUCGACUCCCUCUUAGACUCGCCACACAGCGACAGGUACGUGUCGGCUCUGACUACACCAGCCAGGCUCUCUCCCGUGGACCCCCAUUACUCACUGCCUACCCAGGUGCCUACUUUCGAAAUCACUUCUCCCAACUCCAGGCAUGCUGCUUCCCUGCCCCCUGCGGCCCCCGUCACUUACCGCGUGGAAGAGGAACAGCCGUUGUUACGCAGAUACCAGGUGCCGCUGCAGGAUGUCCAAAGACAUGACCCGUACCGGCAGCGGCGUAGCUAUCUCAACGACAGCACGGGCAGCCUGCCGUCCAGCCCCCUCCGCAUGGUGGAGGAUGAUGAAUACGAAACCACCCAGGAGUACCUUUCCUCGCUGGAGCAACCAAAGAAAACAGCCAGCAACAGCAAACGGUGGAAAAAGUCCAAACUCAACGGGCAUGUCUCCCACCGGGGAGAGGCCGUGAGGGACGACAGCUCACGAAGCUGCAUGUCUGAAAGUGAUUCGGAGGAGGAGCACGUUGGGGAAAGCACUCCUUUCUUAAGUAUGCAAAACAUGAACAUGGCGGAAAAUAUAGAACCGUCGACUGUAUACAGACCGGCAGAGAGCAGGACUUAUUAUUCAUCUAACAGACACAAUGCACGUGGAAAUGUACAAACCAGAGGAACACACACAAGAGCAAAACAAGACUCUGCUCCUCUUUAAAAAGAAUGAGGAAGAAAGAAAGAACCCGCUCGAGACCUGCACCUCCCACAAAUAUCUUUAUUUUAUAUAACAGACAGAUAUUCGAAACAAAGGAAAUGUUUUAUUUUCAUUUUAGCAAAAGUUGUCUACUAGCUAACAGCAAAGACUUUUUUAUAGGGAAAAAUAUUUAUAUGUAAAAUUUGAUUUACAGCUUACCAGAAAAGAGAGAAGACGUGCCAAUUUUUCACUACUUAAAGAUAGAAUAAUAUUGUGGUGCCUUUUGCUGUAUGCUAAUGCCAGAGUUCCUGCUAAGGUUUGAGUUUUUUGUAUCCUUUCUAUACAGACUCAUCAUUUUUUAUAGACACGUUUUCUCCCGAUUCUGUUUCAGGGGGGCAUUUUCCCAUUUGAACAGUGUUGAUGAAUAUGAUCAUACAUGCUGGUUAAGCUCUCAUGCAAUAUAAGUUAGUAUUUUUACAUUAAAAACCCAUGGAUGCAUUAAUCAGUUUUUAACAGAAAGAUGCUGUUGUAAUUCUGAGGUGAGUAUGUGUCAACAGAAGGUGUAAUGAUACAACAUGAAACCUGUGAAGAGUGCCGACGUCAAAUGAUCAAAGUCACUUCUCUGGCAACAUUUUAAAUUUGUGUAUUUAUUGUAGUUUGAUUGGGUUGUUAAAUCAGUUAAAACUCUUUAUUUCAGCAGUAGGUUUUCAUUUAAAUAAGGGACCUGAGGAAUAGGGAAGGGGAGUGGUGGAUCAUUUAAAUAAGGGACCUGGGGAAUAGGGGAGGGGAGUGGCAGAUUGGUUAAAUAAGUGACCUGGGGAAUAGGGGAGGGGAGUGGCAGAUCAUUUAAAUAAGGGACCUGGGGAAUAGGGCAGGGGAGUGGCAGAUUGGUUAAAUAAGGGACCUAGGGAAUAGGGGAGGGGAGUGGCAGAUUGGUUAAAUAAGGGACCUGGGGAAUAGGGGAGGGGAGUGGCAGAUCAUUUAAAUAAGGGAC